UCAAAACUUCGCCAUUAGAUGGCUAUGAUCGCGUUGUCUGACGGUUUCUAAAAUUACCAUUCUUAGGGGUAGAGUGCGCAACGAAACACUGACACAGACCAGGAGCGGAUUUAGAAACUUUGCUUAAGAGGGAGAAAUAAUGCCCCGCUCUGGAUUCGCUACUGAGCGACAUCGGUAUUUCAAAUCACGAGACAAGUCAAAUUCCCAUAAGAUGAUUAGUGUAUUCUAUAUAUACUUCCUCUGUGACGAUAAUAAUUGUCAACCACACAGCUAUAUAAUAAAAGUUGAAAAAAAUUUUACAAUAAAUACGAGACCGGCAGGAUGUCUAAUAGCAGGAGUGAAGUUGAUCCUUUCAGCGAGAUACCGAUGGAAUUCCAAAGUUGCGAAGGAGUUACACAGGUUGCUACAGAAUCACAAUCAAAAACUGAAACAGGGAAUGUAACAAAUGAACCAAUAUAUGCAGAACCUUUAACGCCAGAACAAGUACGAUGGUUUUAUAGAGAUGGUAUUGAUAAAAGAUGGGUAAAAUUCUGUGGAUAUGACAGUUUAAGAAUUGAAAAUGCUUGGAGAAAUUAUCAAAAUUUGCUUAGCAAAUGUGAUAAUACAAUUCAGAAUACUCUUCCUGUUGAAAAAAUUGUAGUUAAAGGAGGAAUGUAUGAUGUGGAACUUGAUAAAAUGAAAUGUGUUUCUAUCUACUGCCCAGGUGAAGAAUGGGAAAUUAUGAGAGGUACUUGGUAUUAUGAUGGUAGUUGGAUACCUCUAGAAUUAGAACAAUCUAAAAUUAUAGAAGAAGUACAUCUUAAUCUCUUUCAAAAGCAACCUCCAGGUCAAUUUAGUUCAGAAUGUGAUACUUCUUCUCAAUCUUACAAAAUAUUACACACAGAACAUUUCCCUGAGUUCCAUGUUGAUUGGCAUAGCAUAAAUGAUGUGACAUUGUACAGUGAAUAUACACACAGUAAAUUAAUGCGUAGCGUUACAUCAAAGCUGGGCUUUGCAAAAACAACAGGUUAUCAGCUAAGAAGGGGCUAUAAAGUUGGUGCAGUAAUGGAAGAUAAACCUAAUGAUAUUAAUCAUCUAGUAUUUGUAGUCCAUGGAAUUGGUCAGAAAAGAGAUACUGGAAAAAUUAUACGUAAUACGACAUCGUUUAGAGAUUGUGUAGAUUGGUUAAAACAAAAAUAUUUUCCUAAUUCUAAUAAUAGAGUAGAAUUUUUCCCCGUUGAAUGGCGAUCUUCAUUAAAGCUUGAUGGUGAUAUAGUAGAUGCUAUUACGCCAUAUAGCGUAUUAAGUAUACGACAUUUACUAAAUACAUCGGCGAUGGAUAUUCUUUAUUAUACAAGUCCUCUUUAUGGCGGAGAAGUAAGAGCUGGUUUACAAAGAGAGUUAAAUAGGUUGUACUUUAUGUUUGCAAGUCGACAUCCUGGGUGGAAGGGAAAAGUGUCAAUUUUAGCACAUUCCUUAGGAUGUGUGAUUGUUUAUGAUAUUGUCACAGGUUGGAUGGGUCCAGAUACCAGACCUCCAUCUCCGGAAACCCAAGAAAUUUUAAUACAACGAUUACAGUUUCCUAUUGAAAAUUUGUUUUGUUUGGGUUCCCCGUUAUCUGUAUUUCUUGCGCUACGUACCCGUACGCCGUCUAAUAAAACGGAUGUAAUGCCACAAGGUUUAUGUAAAAGAUUUUACAAUAUAUUUCAUUGGUCCGAUCCUGUAGCUUAUAGAAUGGAACCUCUUCUAGAAAGAGGUUACAGCAAAAUUGAACCUGUUCUUAUUCCACCGUAUGGAGGAGUUGAGCGUCAACAAACGGAACAGGCACCUCCAACAAUGAGUAGUGCUGAAGACAAUUUUUCUCCUACAGAAACCGACGAAAGAGAAGAAGUUCCAGUAGAUAUAUCUAAUCGCGCUGUAGAUAAGGGUUGGAGUCUUUGGGGUUUAGUGCGAGCUGGUUGGAAUGCCAAAGAGGGUGUUUCUUCACCAAUUCAACCAGGUCAAGAAUUAACGCAGCGAUUGGAUUACGUACUUCGAGCAAGUUUAGGAAGAAAUUAUUUAUAUACAGUAGCAGCGCAUACAACAUACUGGAGUAAUUACGACGUAGCUUACUUUGUGUUGACAAAACUUUUCCCAACGUUAGAAACAUGAUGUUGGUUUGUAUAUUUAGUAUGGAAUUUUAUUAGGUUCUAUUGAAGUUUACUAGUCGGAUGUAGGCCUUCAAAAUCGAAUGUUAAAAACAGGCCUACCAUCAAAACAAUCUGUGAUAAUAAAAAAAAAAAAA